GCUGCCACUCAGCGAGAUGAAAGGGAUGCGGCACAGCCCGCUGGCACUAGGCAGCCCCGCUGGGGCACCGCGAGAGAAAGCUGCGGAUCCAGCGGCUCAGCCCAGGCCGGGGAAAGCCUGCUCUCCGGAGCCGAGGCAGAACAACGUGGCCCACGUUUAACAAAAGAACGUGUGGCCAGGGAGGCGGGAGCCCAGCUAGGAACCCGAGGGUGGCGAACUUUCUAGAUCUGCGUGCCUGGGAGAAACACUCUGACGAGAGCCAUGGCUUUAAAGGUCCGGCUUGAGCAAGGGAGAGUGCUCUUCAUCACCAUGCUUUUCCUGGGCUAUUUGUCAUGUGAAGUGAUUGGUGAAACUGCAGACUGCAGACAGCAAGAAUUCAAGGAUCGGUCUGGAAACUGUGUCCUCUGCAGACAGUGUGGGCCUGGCAUGGAGUUGUCCAAGGAAUGUGGCUUCGGCUAUGGAGAGGAUGCACAGUGUGUGCCCUGCAGGCCGCACAGGUUCAAGGAGGACUGGGGCUUCCAGAAGUGCAAGCCAUGUGUGGACUGCGCGCUAGUGAAUCGCUUUCAGAGGGCCAACUGCUCACACACCAGUGACGCCGUCUGUGGGGACUGCUUGCCCGGAUUUUACCGGAAGACCAAACUUGUGGGUUUUCAAGACAUGGAGUGUGUGCCCUGCGGAGACCCACCUCCUCCCUAUGAACCACACUGUACCAGCAAGGUGAACCUUGUGAAGAUCUCGUCCACGGCCUCCAGCCCUCGGGACACAGCCCUGGCUGCUGUCAUCUGCAGCGCCCUGGCCACCGUGCUGCUCGCCCUGCUCAUCCUGUGUGUCAUCUACUGCAAGAGGCAGUUCAUGGAGAAGAAACCCAGCUGGUCUCUGCGGUCACAGGACAUUCAAUACAAUGGCUCUGAGCUGUCGUGUUUUGACCAGCCUCGGCUCCGCCACUGCGCCCACAGGGCAUGUUGUCAAUGUCACCGGGACUCAGCCCAGACAUACGGGCCUGUCCACCUGAUUCCGUCUUUGUGCUGUGAGGAGGCCCGAAGCUCUGUCCGCGCUGCCCUUGGCUGUGGGCUGCAUUCUACGGCUACCCUUCAGGAGAGAAACGCAGCUUCCGUGGGGGACACAAUGCCGGCUUUCUUCGGGUCUGUUUCCCGUUCCAUCUGCGGUGAGUUUUCUGAUGGCUGGCCUCUGAUGCGGAAUCCUAUGGGCGGCGACAUCUCUCUUUGUGACUCUUAUCCUGAACUCACUGGAGAAGAUAUCAACUCCCUCAGCCCAGAAAAUGAAAGCUCAACAUCUCUGGAUUCCAGCGGUGGUCAGGAUCUGGCUGGGACAGCUGCUCCGGAUUCUUCUGGAAAUUUCACAGAAACUACUGACUCACCUAGAUAUGGUGAUACAGUCUGGGAGCAGACCCUAGCUCAGGAUGCUCAAAGGACUGCAAGCCAAGGAGGUUGGGAAGGCAGUGGCAACCUGAACCUAGCCACACCUGCGUCCUUCCAGGAUGCCUGAAGGCCAUCUUCCGGAAGUGGAGGUGUGGGUCUGGACACGCCUGGGUUAAGACUUACAGACUGAGCAGUCUUUGACCUUCUAUGGCUUCUGGAAGCAAUAAUAAAUCUGAACCCAACUGGCAGCAUUUCCAGCCUUUCAACCAGUUGCCUCUGAGCCAGACCGACUGUAAGCUGAAACCCCAGCGAGAACCAAGGAGAGACUGUAGGCGGCCUCAGGACUGGUACAUCUUCCCUAAACAGGAACCUCAGCUGAGGGCAGUUUGAAGGACCAAUGGGUGGAAUGUGCUGCCUGCGAAAUUGUGGGCACAGCAAGACCCAGCCUGGCUCCUGCUUACAUUCAUGGUGAAUGUGGUUUCACAAGACCCAGAGUAUAAACUUUCAUAGACACUCUCUUUCAGAACUAACCCGUUACCCUACGAAAAAGCUAUGGCAGAUUCCUUACUUAGAUUUUAGGUAGAGCUCUGGGGAUUUCUAUGGGAAAAAAGUCACUUUCUCAUCAGCAGAAUGGUACAUGUCAGUGGUGUGAAGGGGUUUUGGAGCCCUGCCUAAAUCGUGGUUUGGUGAAGUUGACUGGCCUAUCGGUUAUGAGUAGCUCUUUUGGCCUCUUCCCCACGAAUGUGUGACAGAGCUGAGAGGAAAGGAGGCCUGGAUUAUGGACGAUGGCUGUGAAUGUGGUUAGAAAUGGGGCAUGAGGGGGAAGGGGGAAAUGGCAUUACCCUACUGUUAAAACCACCUACUCUGUAUAUCCUGAAGCGUGGCUGUGCGUGCUAGGGCUGGUGACCGUGGAAACGUGUGUUAGGUCUGCCCCUGUGCUGAGCUUACAAAGCCCAGAUGUCUUAGGUAGAAAGGAGAUAUUUAUAAACAUAGUAAUCUGUGAUCUGCACCUGAGCUUAGACAAAAGGCUUCCCUACAUCCAGUAUGCUACUGAAGAAUCCUUCAGUGAGAAUCCAGUGCAUAUUAGAACGAGACAUGGAAAAAUGUGGUUGACAGACAGUUUGGGAGAACAGGCUCCCUGGUGCCAUGUACCUAACCAAGGCUUAUAAUACUCAUGGUGUUCUUAUAUGGGGGUGUUCUGUAAGGUGUUCCAUCUUCUUCCAUGAUGGCAUUUGCCUUCUAGAACAGUCUCUAAAGCUAAGGAAGUUUUCUCUUCAUUUUAUGCCUUAUGGCUUUGUUCAGCAGGAUUUACUUGGUUUCCAGUUUGAACUUACAACAUUUACACUUCUUUUCUUUUUCUUUUUUUCUUUUUCUUUUUUUUGAGACAGGGUUUCUCUGUGUAGCUUUGUGCCUUUCCUGGAUCUCGCUCUGUAGACCAGGCUGGCCUCGAACUCACAGAGAUCCUCCUGGCUCUGCCUCCCAAGUGCUGGAAUUAAAGGCGGCGCCACCACCGCUGCCACCACCACCACCACCACACGGCUACAUUUACACUUUGAAAAGAGCACCAGUGUGAUAGAAUUCACCAGCAUAUCUGUUUUGAAGAUGCCCUGCUUAAAUCGGGCUCUUUUACCCAAAACUAAACCCAAACCUUAAGAUGCUAUCUUCCUAGACUUUUUUAUCUUCUGUUUCCCCCCAUGGUUUUUCUCUCUUUGUAAGACAUGAGUACAAUUUAAUGAGCCCUCUUCCUGUGGCCUCUCUCUAUUCAUUAUUACAGCUUUUGAUGUGUGUCUUUGGGCUUGUCCAUAUCUAUUGCUUCACAUGGCAUCUGUUCCUUUACCAGAUGUAGGAAGAACUUACCAUAGAGUGUUCCAUGGUAGUCCACAUCCGCUUUCAUGUCCACAUGGUGCCCAGUCAUAACUGAUUGGCAUUUUGUUUGUGUGUCCCCAACCCUGAUGAGAAUUUGGCUUUAGGAAAGUCAUAAAAUAUUUAGGAUUUAACCAGCAGACUUCCAUGAGGACGCAAGCUGCGCUCCCCCAAAUGGCAUUCUCAUAAUGCACAUGUGUGUGCCAUUGUUUGCAACCCAAUCAUCUGUGUUAUGACAGAGAGAUGAUCAAAGCCAGCAGGGUUGUGUUCCUUUGUGUAACCUGAAUAUAUUUUCCACAUGCCAAGCCCUGAUGGACUUCAAAGACAGACACUGCUGAGGAAAGCCAGACUGAUUGGAAGUGAGACUUUGGCCCCAAAUCCCGAAACAUCACUUUCAAUCAGAAGAGAAAUGCUGAAGGUUAAAAAUUGAUUUCAUUUGAUACUGCAUUUGGAAGGUCCCGGAUUAUCAUCAAAAAGGAGACUCCUCCCACUGGCCACUCUAGAAAGAUGCAAUGGUGUUUUACAUUUUAUACUCUGUAAACAAGAGGGGAAAAACUGCAACCUGCACUCCACAUUAUUGGAACAUCUCACAAGGCUGUUUACACAGGAGCUAGAGCGCUGAUGUCAGACACUAGGACAGAGAGGCAUUCAGGCCUACAGGGCACCGGGCCACCUUCACAUGGCAGAAGCAAGGACAAGCACAAGGAUGGAGACAAGGAUUGUUGGAUCAGUCAGGGCAAGUCAUGUGCUUUCUAUUUUGAAUAUAUAGAAUAUAUUUUGAAUUGUGGGGUUUUCUACUUUAAAGUUACUGCUGCUGUUACUUAGGAUAAGAACUGCUGUCUGUGUCAGAAGAAAAAGAACAGAAAAGGAAAAGGAAACAACCAUUGCUUUUAAGAUAGUUUGUAUCAGCUUAGAUAUCAUCACAACUAUUUUACAUACUGGAAUUUAUAAAUUGUAAGUUAUCGCUUUCCAAUACAAACCUUUUUUAAUGCUUUUUAAAAAUUGUGAAAUAAAAUUGAUACUUGUCAUUCUUA